CAACGAGGAACAAAUAAUGAAGUCGCAGAACCAGUUACAGAACUACCAACUACGAAUUUACUACUAGUGGCAUACCAAUACGACAAAACCAACAAGGCACAUUUCAUAGUAUUACGCACAUAUCAGCAAGACAAGAAAACAGAAAGAGAACUGCAUGAAGAUAUGACUAACAAUCGUCUAGAAAGAAGAGCAUUAGCUCUUACACAAAAUGAAAGAAACAAGGUGAAACAAAGACUCCAAAACUCACCACUAGCAAAACAACAUGGCACAAGAGUGAUAAAACCUACCACUAGUUAUACAGACUACAGUGACAAUAACUCCAAACACGGAACCAAAAGUGAUGAAAUCCUCCCUGGCGAUUCUCCAAUUACAGGGACGCAAACA